AUUGCUCUGUCGCCGAGACUAACCACCGGCACUUCAUCCGUUAGUUGGUGUAGAGCGUAAUAGGGUACAGUGCCAAAGGCUGGAUGUAUCGCUGUCGUAUCAACUCUCAGCGUGGGAUGUAACAGCAUUACACAUCAGAGAAAAGAACUAUUUUCGUGCCUGGUUUCAUGCUAAUGACGUUGUGUGGGACUUACGACAAUGAAGAUAAAGCUUCUUUUCCCCCUGCUACUGCUGUUUUGCAAAGAAGUGCGGAGCAUCAGACAACCACAUAUUGAUGGUGAAGAAGAGAAGGUUUUAGAAGAGGGUGAUGACCUCAUCCUGCAUUGCAGAGGCUCCAAGCCCAUGCAUUGGUGUAGAGAUCAUGAUGAAUGUAUGGAAAGUUAUACCACAAAUACAAGACAAAAUGAUGCAGCUUUCCCUUUUGUUUCCACACUUAAAAUAGAAGAAUUAAUUUCAUUGGAUACUGGAUAUUACUAUUGCCAUUACAAUGAUUCGACAGACUUCAAGAAUGACAAGGAAAGAACAGACUCUGUCUAUGUGUAUGUACAUGGAGGAAAUGAAAUUUUUGUGAUGCACUACCUUAACCCUAAACAAAAAGAAAUUGGAAAGACUUUGCAUAUUGAAUGUGGAGUCCUUCACCCUCUCUACAGUGUCACCCUAAAACUAGACGGCAAAGAUAUUACCAGUGAGGAACGAGUGAAGUUUGACCCAAGAGAAGGAUUUACAAUAGAAGGUGUUAAAAUGGAAGAUAAAGGAACAUAUGAGUGUGAGAGUAACGAUAGUACACUCAUUCAAAAAGUUGAAAUCAUCAGUGCAAAAAAAACCCUGCCACCACCAAGUAUUAAUAAAGGAAGAAACCAGCUUUUUGUCAUUGGCCAAAAAUUCCUCCUGGAGUGCAGUGUACUUGACCAUGAAAAUAUAACAUUUACCUGGAAAUACCCAAAUGCAGGAGUUAAACAUAAAUGGAAGAAUGAUUUUGAACAGUGGAACAGCACAAAAUACUACAAAAGCAUCCUGGAAGUAUCAGAACCCUCAACAAGUGACACUGGAGAGUACAUUUGCAACAUCAGCUCUGAAGGUUAUUUAUCAAACUACUCUUCUAUUAAUAUCACACUUCAAGAGAAUGUGACAUCUUUUGUUGACAUCAUCAGUGCUGAAGUAAUUGAGGCAUUUGAAGGGCAGAAAGAUCCAGCAAAGUGGAAGACUGAAGUAGAUGUUUAUCCAGCUCCUCCUAAGAUCAUAUACACUAAUUGGAGAGGUCAAGUGCUGAAUGAGACAGAUAGGAUCACGAUUGAAUAUGAUGAGCUUGAAGGAUUAUCAUGGCUCAGGAUAGAAGACAUAUCUAGCACUGAUUUUGGAAAUUAUACCAUCACAGUCAAUACCACUGACAAAGAUGAAAAAUCAAAAUCAGCUACUGUGACGUUUGCAGUCUACAGUGCUCCCCUCAUGAUGUUAGAUGGUGUUCCUAAUUAUGUUCCUGAAGGGCAGGAAUUAAAUGUUACCUGCCGGGCUCAAGGCUUCCCUCAUGUUAACGUUAGUUUGCUGUUUCAAAACUGUACAAAAAGAUCCUCCUGCAAAUCUCCCACUUCCAUUGAGACUGUGCAAAUGAAUGAGUAUGCUCCAGGCAACAUUUUUGAGAUAUCAGCUGUUUUUUCUCCUAACACAUCAGGAUUCUUGUGGUGCCAUGGUAUGAAUGUUAAUGGAUCUCAGAAUGAAUCACUUACCAUCAGAAUGUCUGAUAUUGAUGGUAUCUUUGUUCUGCGUUAUUAUGGACCUGAUAAGAAAAGUAAAGAUUUUGACCAUGAGAAAAUUAUUACUGUUGUGGAGAAUGAUAAUUUCACCUUGAUGUGUGGUGGUACAAAAUUUGAUUAUAAGAAAGUUGAGGUCACUUCCAGUCAACAGACAGGCUCUCAACUUCAGUUUCAAAGCAGUAAUUCAAAAUUCUCAUGGCAGAAAAAGAAGGAAGUUAGAAAGGCAACAAAAUCUCUCACAGGACAUUAUAAUUGCUCUGCUUAUCCUCAUGAAGACAGAAAACCAGAUGUCAAGAGUUUCAACAUCAUUGUAGUAGAGGAAAAGCCAGUGGUCUUUGAAAAGCAAACAAAUAUGAAUGGCCAAACUGAGCAGGUGAAGGAUGAUGUGUUUUACAGCCUUAAGUGUAUUGUCACAGGCAGUCCAGCACCCACCAUCCAGUGGCAGAAGGACAACAUGGAUCUUACCAAGAAUUCAGAGGUCUUUGAUAAGAAGGUAAUGAACUUUAGCUCUGAUGGGAAGGAACUGAAAUUUAAACAUGUGAGGGAGAAACAUACAGGAUUGUACACCUGCAUUGCUAAAAACCGCUUGAAUGAAGAAAGAAGGUCCCUUACUCUGGCAAAACCAUUUCCAGGUUUGAGCAAAAUCGGCAAGCUGAUUCUGAUUGUAUUGCUAGUGGGCUUAGCCAUCCUUGGUAUUGUGACUGGAUGCCUCAUACAUCGAGUAAGGAAGGAGAAGAAGAAAAAUAAACCCUUUAGAAGGCAUGCAAAAGAAUUCUUUGAAAAGGGCAAUAUUGAAUCACUGAAUCUCACCUCCACAGCUGAUAAGCAAGCAGAGAUGUUGCCUUACAAUAAAAAGAAGUGGGAAGUACCCCGUGCAAACAUCACCUUUGGGAAGCAACUGGGCUCAGGUGCCUUUGGUCGAGUGAUAAAGGCAAGUGUUACAGGUCUACAGGGCCCAGCCACCACCACUGUUGCCAUCAAGAUGUGUAAAAAUGAUGUAAAUGCCUUACAAAUUGAUGCCAUUAUUUCGGAGCUCAAGAUAAUGAUGCAUCUGGGGGCACAUCUCAACAUAGUCAAUCUGCUGGGAGCCAACACUGAGCUAUUUUCUGCAGGAGAGAUCUGGAUCCUGGUUGAGUACUGCCGCUUUGGUAACCUCCUUGACUUCAUGCAAAAACAUCGCAGAAAUUUUACAAAUCUGAUAUGUCCUGAAACUGGCAAGAUUGAUCCCAACCUAAUCCCAAAUUCCCCCAUGUCACCUACCUUCAGUGAAGGUGUCUCACCAUCACUUGGCAUUGAUCACGAUGGAUACCUAGCUCCUACUUCCACACAGUUUGUACUCUCUGACCCUCCAAAGGUCCAUUCUGCUGGGACUGUCCCUUCUUCAAUCACAUCAACUUCACCUUCAAGUAGUUUCAUCUCUCAAAUGGCUGGUGGACAGUUUGCCAAUAACCCUUUGUAUAGUAUGAACAUAAACACUGCAACUGAAAAUUCAAAGGGAGAAUCCAUAGGCAGUGAGGACUUUACAGGUUCAAAGUUUUUGCAGCGUAAAGCCUCAAGACUCAUGAGUGUUGGCUCCAUUACACUCUCUGAUGGCAGCUCAGUCAGCCAUCCAUUGAGAAACAGACAGUCCUUCACCACUCCCUUGUCCCCAACAGAGACAUAUUUCAUGGGAGAAACUGAUCCAGAUAUUUUAUAUGAAAUUGGCAAUGUGCCAGGGGUAACUGCACCGUUCUCCACCACUGAUCUCAUCUGUUGGGGAUGGCAAAUGGCUCAAGGCAUGAAUUACCUGUCCAGAAGAAAAAUUCUGCAUGGAGAUUUGGCUGCCCGCAAUCUUCUCCUAGCUGACAACAAUGUUUUGAAGAUCAGCGACUUUGGUCUGUCUCGCAAUAUGUAUAGAAAUGAUAACUAUGUGAAGAAAGGAGAUGACUUACUGCCCAUUAAGUGGAUGUCAAUAGAAGCCAUUCGUGACAAAAUCUUCAGUAUAGAGAGUGAUGUAUGGGCAUUUGGUAUCACCCUGUGGGAAAUAUUUUCCCUGGGCUGCUCUCCAUAUGCAGGUGUGGAAGUUAGCAAUGACUUUCUGGAAAAGUUGGAAAAUGGCCAGAGGAUGAACUGCCCUAAAUAUGGAAAUGAGGAAAUCUAUAAAAUUAUGAAGCUGUGCUGGGAAGAGGACCCUAUGGAGCGGCCAUCCUUCAGUCAGCUUGUGGAUGACUUAGGGAACAUGAUUUCAGAUCACACACAGAAAUACCUGUCCCAGAAUGAAGUAUACAUACAGAUGAACACAGAAAGAUUCAAGGAGGAAACAGAUUAUCUCAGCAUGAUGGCUAAGCCCACCUUUGAAAGCAGGAUUAUGCCUGAUGAAAUUGAAGUUGAACACUAUCUUCCUAUGAGAGAUUCAACCAGAAACUCCUCCAUAAGAACAGAAUUCCCAGAUACUGUUGUCUACUCACAUGCAAAAAGCCCACAAGCAUCCUCUACUGCAUCCCCUAUAGAAAACUCCUACCUUCCUAUGAGCGCUGCUAAGCCACAGAGCCCUUCUGACGACGUCUUCAGUCCUCAUUCAAGUGAGCCCUCAAGAUUUACCUUUCCCUCAAGUAACACUGAGAGGCCUGGAUUAGUGUCACUUCCAGAAGAGGAAAGCAGCACUUCUCUUGAGGCUGAGGAGCUAAAAGAAAACGCUGUCUUACUUGACACAAGAAAACAGCCACCAUCAGAUACAAACACGUCAGAUGAAGAAAAUGAGGAAAAGAAAUGCAUUAAUAACUAUGUAAAUCUAUAAUGCAUGGAGACAAACUUCAGUUAUGCAAGAUCCAUGUACCUUCUUAGCUUUCUGUAAAGAAUAUUGUAUAUCAUAUGCAGGUCACUUUAUUUAAACCUAUCCCAUAACCUUCUCUUUCUUUUUGUUUUCUGCUUAUUUCAAUAUUUUAGAUCUAACAUGUUGAGCUUGUCAAACCAUGUGUCUAAUAGUACUUAUUACAUUGAUUUCAAUUUCUAAUUGUUUCAUUGGCAUAUUGUGACACUAGUGACAAAGAUAAUAAGGCUCAAGAAAAUAGUCCUAUCAGAUAUGUUUGUGCUGUCCCAUCUCCAUAUCUUUUAAUAUCCAGCUUAGCUUUGAAUCAUUGUGUGUGUGAAAGUGUUUUGUUCUCACAUGUGGUAGUGCAGUGGUGCAGCACCAUCACAUCUAAAACUGUAUUUACCUAGAAUACAGGAAAAGAGCUAUGCUCAUGCUGUCCCAUCUGCAUAUCUAUUUUUAUCUUACUUGUCUUAAAUUCAUUCAGUAUAUUUGCAUCAAUGAAUUCCGUCUAAAUUAUUCCAAACCUCCACAGUUCUAUGUGGGAAGCUAUUUUUCUUAGCAUCUCUUCCACAAGCAUUCCUCCCCUCCCCCCAGUUAUCUCCCGUGUCCCCUCGAGACUUGUAUCCCACAUGAAGUCCUUCCUAUCCAACUUUUCCAUUCUAGUCAUCAAUCUGUACAGUGUAAUAAAUUUCUUGGCACUAGGUGAUCAUACCACACUCUUGGGGUGUAUCAUGGUAACAAUCAAUUUUUUUUCUAUCAUUUCUCCAUCCAGAUGUAUAAAUGCUGUCCUCAUAUUUUUCAGUAGUUUAUAUGUUUCACUUGUAAUCUUGUUUAUGUGUUUCUCUGGUGACAGUUUAUCAGUAAUUAUUACACCAAGGUCUUUUUAAUCUGUUCUUUUGCUGAUGUGUGUGUUAGUGUGUGGGAGUGCCAUCACAUCUAAAACAUUGUGAAUGUAUGUGUUUUGUCCUUACAUCUGGAGUGAUUCAUCAGUGCAACACCAUCGCAUCUAAAACUGUAUGAGUGUGUGUGUUUUAUCCUUACAUCCAGAGUAAUUUGGUAGUGCAGUGCCAUCGCAUCAAAAAUUAUGUGUGCGUGUGUGAGUUUUGUUUUUACAUCCAGAGUGAUAUGGUAGUGCAGUGCCAUCGCAUCUAAAAUUGUGUGUGUGUGUGUGUUUUGUCCUUACAUCCAGAGUGAUUUGGCAGUGCAGCAUCAUCACAUUUGCCAAAGUAAUGAGACACCUCUCAUGUUUGUGUGUGUGUAUGUUUGUGUUUUUGCAAUGCAGCAGUGUUGUCACCAGCCUUCCUCUUCCCCUUUCUCACAUGCAGACUAGUUUGACUGGUGAUGUGGCUGAUGAGCAGUUUAUCACAUAAAGAAUUUGUAUGUUCAGGUAUGUAAACUGUACACAGAAAUGUGUAUACAAUACAUAGCAUAUAUGUAUUCUGUUUUAGCUAUCUUUGACACUAAUGGUAGGAAUGCAUGACCCAUAGGUAAUGAAAGCACGAAACUUGUUGAAAUAAUGCAUGAAAGUCAGGAUGGUAAGAAUUUAGGACUUAGCAUGAAACUUGAGGAUUGGGGGAGGGGCAUCCUAUAUGUAUAUUCUAAUGGAGAUUCUCACUUGUUGUAUUUGUGUUUAUGUUUAAGGUGUAUGGUUUAGGUAUUAAGGUGUACGAGGACAAAUUUACAUGUCUUAUAGAGAGUAAGGGUUAAGUUUGUGUUAAAUAAGUUACAGUGUUGAUUGCUUAACUGAGUUAAUUAUCUACAUUGAUUCUAGUUGAUGUGUAAAGUAUCUAUAAUUGGUAUAAUUUGAUUGAGAUAUGAAAUAUCUUUAGUUAUACUAACUGAUCUAAUGUCAUUAAUCAAACCAGUAUGAAGUUCAUGAUUUCACUGCUUAAAAUUUGUUAGUUUUAAUAUGGGAUAAAAAUCACUACCACUACUGGUCCUUUAGAGGUUAAUCAGUUUAAUGAAAUAAUGAAUUACCAAAGUGAGUUGCAAGGACACACUUGAACAUGAAAAUAUUUUCACAACCAUUAAGCUGAGCAGGUAAUGUAUCUCAUGCUUAGGAAUCUGAACUUCUAGCUGAGUUCUGGUGUGAGCAGUUUUGAAGUUAUGGCUCCUUGUGAUAUUCAACAAGGGAAGAGGAAAUGAAUCAUCCUAAGAAUUUUUUUAGUUGUAGUAGAAGAUUUACCUAUAUUUAGUAAUGUUAUGUGGAAGUAAUCUACCAUUGAUUGAAUAUAAUUGUAAAGGUUUAGUCACUGAGAGUAGUCCAAGCCCUCUAACCCAUGUAUUCCUCUCAUCAUUUCCUUUGUACCAAUUGUGUGUUAAAUAUUCCCUACAUAACCCAGACUCCAAACUGAAGAUACAUACUCAUAUUCUAGCAAAGGAUGAAUAUGUGUGAUGAAAAGGCUGGUAGGCCUAAACACACUAGUGAUUGCAUUUGUCACAAUUGAUAGAGUCAUUGCCAACAUUAACUUUGCAUGAGUCACAAACUGCUGCUGAUACACUCUCCAAUUCGAGGGAGGCACAUGUAUGAGUCUGAUUGAUUAGCAACAGGAAGAUGGCAAUAACAGAGGUAGAGGGUAAAGAGUGCUGCUGAGAGACAGCCCCUCUUCCCACAGCACUGUGCUUACCUCCAGUCAUUCUGACUGGAGGCAGUAAUAAGCACUUGGCAAGUAGCAAUUCGGUGGAGCAAUUCAGGGAGGGUUCAACAUCCAAGCAGGGCAUGUAGGUCAAGGAAAAUGGGAGCCCUCUCAAAUACAUUCAACUGCCACAUAUUUUAAAUACCGAGGCCAUUUCAGUGAUGGUAAAUUUUACUUCAUAUUCAGAUUUUUUUUAUUGAUUGACAUGACUUGUCACAACAGCUGUGUGAUGCUAAAGGGAUGGAUGAUGAAAGAUGGGGAAGGAGGUUAACAGAGAAUGUUCAGAAGAAUAAGAAAAUGUUCUGGAAAGAGGUGAAGAAAAUUACGAAAAAAAUCAUCUGGUAGUGAGGAACGGGUGAAAGCAGAGGAUGAUAGGUUAUUGGUUAGUCAGGAUGAGAUGAGGAGGAAGGGAGAGUAUUUUGAGGAACUGCUGAAUGCAGAGGAGGAAAGACAGCCUGAGAUUGGGGCAUCUGGGAGAGAUACUAGAGUUAUGUACUAGAUGAAUUAAAUGAGGUAAGUACUGUAAUGAAGGAGGUGCUGGCAACAGUGAGGGAGAUGAAAAGUGGAAAAGCAUCCUGUGUUUAAAGGUAGGUAGGGUUAGUGUCAUUGAAUGAUUGGUUAGACUGUUACAUGUGUUUUCUGACUAACACGGUGCUGUUGGAGUGGGUAAGUGCAUGUGUAGUUCUACUGUGGAAAGGAAAAGGGGAAAGGCAUGAGUGCUCUAAUUACAGAAAUAUUAGCUUAUUGAAUGAGGUAGGUUAAGUGUAUGGUAAAGUUUUGAUAAAGAGAACCAGAGAAGGCAUAAAUGGAGUAAUAUGAUAUACAAAGAUGCAUCAGGAGAGGGAGGGUCUGUGUAGAUUGUGCUGUAAGACAGACAUGAAAAGUAUUAAGGAAAAAGAGGAAGUAUUCUGGGCUUUUAUGGAUUUUGAGAAGGCAUAUGACAAUUGAUAAGGAAAGAAUAUGGGAUGUCUUCAAGUUGUAUGGUGUUGUUAAAAGGAGUGAUUUUUUUUUUUCUUUCUUUUUUAUGAGAAUAUUAGAGUAUGUGUAAGGAUAGGAAAUAGCACAAGUCCAUGGUUUCCAGGCAAGGUGAGGUCAUGUAAGGAAUGUAAUGUUAUCAUGGCUGUUUGACAUCUAUAUGGAUGGUGUGGUGCUGGAAGUUGAUGCUAGAAUGCUGGGCAGAAGAUUGGGUCUGAUAACAGCCGAGUGAAAAAUGGAGUAUGAGUCAAUUGCUGUUUGCAGAUGACAGCAUUGGUGGCAGAUACAGAGAAGUUAACUUGUAGAGGAAUUUGGACAGGUGUAGAAGAAAAGUGAAGGUUAAUGUAAGAAAGUACCUAUGAUAAUGAAGUGUAUCAGGGAGGAAGGUGAUAGAAUGAAUGUUCCUAUGCAUCACAGUCUGUUGUUUAUGCAACAAACCCCUUUAAUUAAUCUCUCUCUCUCUCUCUCUCUCUCUCUCUCUCUCUCUCUCUCUCUCUCUCUCUCUCUCUCUCUCUCUCUCUCUCUCUC